UCUUCUGCUUCUCCCCCCAAUUUUAAUUUAUCCAACUCAUUUUCCCACCAUAGACGCCCUAGCAAAACCCUAACCCUAAAUUCUCAAAUCCUAUCUUCACCACCAAAAACUAUGGCUAAAAAGAAACUUACCCAUAGCUCUCAACACCCCAAACAAGUGAACCCACAAGAUCAAAACCCAACCUUUACUAUGACCCGACAACAAUCCUCCAAGGAAGACCCUGAAGAGAAGCUACAGAACUUGAAAUCCCUAAAUGGUAUGCUUCUCAAAGAAACCAUUGAGCGCAGGCAGCAAGUUGAGUCUUUAAAGCAAGCUAAAGAGGGUUUAGAGUCUGAGUUGGCUCGGACUGGUAUGGAAAAGACAGAUUUGGAAAAUGAGUUGGCUCGAGCUAGUGAGGAGAGAGUGUGUUUGGAGAUAGAGAAGGGUCUUUUUUCUGUUUUUAUCAAGACGAGAAUGAAUGAGAUGGGAGUUGGUGUAAAUGGGUUGGUAAGAGAGCAAGGAGAGAAAGAGAGUGAGAUUAGGUUAUUGAAGACUCAGGUGAACGGGUUACUGGUAAAUCUAGAAAAUGAAAGAGAGAAGUCGAGCCAGGCUUGUCGAGAGAGGGAUCUAUUAAGGAUUGAUCUUGAUAACUGGGAGAAGGAAGCAAAUGGCCUGAAAAGGAAAGUGACUGAAAUGGAGAAAAAUGGGUUAAGAACUGAGGAGGAGAUAAAGAAACUGAACUUAAACCAUGCUCAGUUGACUAAGCAAAAUAAAGAAACAGAGGAAGAAAUUAAGGAGGUUAAAAAUUCGAGAGAUUUAGCUGAGAAGAAAUUAUUGCAAAAUGUGGAACAGUUUGAAGAUUUGAAAAGAGAGAUAGAGGAGAUUGUAAAGAAGAAGAAUGAGGUUGAAAUGGAGAAAAGUAAGCAGAAGGUCAAGAUUAGUGAAUUGGAGAAACAUAUAUCUGAACUGAAUGAGAUCAUAUCAAGUUUGCGGGGAGAAGAGGGUGUUUUGCGUGAAAAAGUGUUGGAGUUGGAAAAGUGCUGUGGUGAGGCAAUUGACAAGGGGAAGGUCUUACAAAUGGAGAUUAAUGCAUUGGGGGAAGAGAAGAAAGUUAAGGAAAGAACAAUUAAGAGGUUAAUGGGGGAAAUUGAUUCAAGUGGGGAACAUAUAAAGGCCUUGAAUAGUGAAAACAAUGAUAAGGAACAAUUAAUUGAGAGAUUGAUUAGAGAUAAAAAUGAGAUUGAGGAUUUGAAAGUUAGUAAGGAGAGUGAAAUUGUGGAGUUGCAUGGGGAGUUGAGUGGAUUAAAAGAUGUUGUGUUCACAAUGCAAGAAUCCUUAAAAUGUCAAGAAGACGAGAACAAACAAUUAGCAUCUGAAGUUGGUCAUUACAGAGAUGCUUUUGAGAAAGUGAGGCUUGAAAGGGACAAUGCACAUGAGGAUUUGGAUGAGGAGAAAAGGAAUGGCAUAAACCUGAGGUCUAAAGUUCUGGAAAUGGAGAAGAGGAUUGAAGAGACUUUGAAAGAGUUUGCAAAGAUGAAGACUGAGCACGAGAAUUUGUUUGGGGAAAAGAAGGAACUGGAAUGCCAAGUUGAUUUGUUGAAAAAAGAAAAGGAUUUGGUGCAAAAGAAGCUUUUGGAGGCAAAACAAGAAAUUGGUGAAUUGAAGACUAAAAUGGAAUCAUCUGGCAUUAGAUCAGAAAGAGCACUGGCAUUGUUGAAGAACACUGCAGCAUUAGUACGUCAAUAUAAUAAUGGAAAGGGAGAAGUGUCCUUCACUGAAAAGAAAAUUGAGGAUGAAAUUGAGCCAUAUGCAACAGAACUAGAAGUAAUUAAAAAUUCAUUUAGAAACAAGGAAACGGCAGUAGAGGAGAUGAAGCAACAAGUGAAGUUCCUCCAGAAUUCUGUGGCAGAUGCAAAUAAGAAGAAAGGCUUAUGGGCUUUAGUAUCUUCAGCAGCAACAGUUUUGGUUGCAGAGCCAUCAAUGCAAUACAGAACUUCAGACAGUAAUGGUAAAAAUGUCAUUUAG